GCAGCCCGAGCUCUAGGGGUCUGCCCUCCUCCCAAACCUGGCUUCCCCUUCAAGGUUUCUCUGGCCCCGCCCCUCCUGCUUGAUCUGCACAGCUUCCUGCCUCCGGAGCCCACUCCCGGCCACACCACCAUGGCACCAACUACUCACCUUUCCUGCCUCCUGACUCUGUUGGCUAUAGACCUAGCCCAAGGCCUCAGGGGUUUCCUUGGGGCCCAGGACCCAGGUCCCCGGCCACUGGAGCUGAAAGAAGUCUUUGCGUUGUUCCAGAUCCAGUACAACCGGAGUUACUCCAGCCCAGCAGAGCAUGCUCGCCGCCUAGAUAUCUUUGCCCACAACCUGGCCCAGGCUCAGCGGCUGCAGGAGGAGGACUUGGGCACAGCCGAGUUUGGAGUGACUCCAUUCAGUGAUCUUACAGAUGAAGAGUUUAGCCAGGUUUACAAACAACCAAAGGUGCCUGGAGAGGUCCCCCGAAUGGUCAGAAAGGUAAGGUCUCUCAAGCAGGGAAAGCCAGUGCCCCCUACCUGUGACUGGAGGAAGGCCCGUAUCAUCUCGCCCAUCAGGAACCAGAAAAACUGCAGUUGUUGCUGGGCCAUGGCAGCAGCGGACAACAUCGAGGCCCAGUGGGGCAUCAGAUACAAUCAGUCCGUGAAAGUCUCUGUGCAGGAGCUGCUGGAUUGUGGCCGCUGUGGGGAUGGCUGCAAAGGUGGCUGGGUCUGGGAUGCGUUCAUAACUGUCCUCAACAACAGCGGUCUGGCCAGUGAAAAAGACUACCCAUACCAGAGUAACGUCGACCCCCAGAGGUGCCGGGUCAAGCGCAACAAGGUGGCCUGGAUCCAGGAUUUCAUCAUGCUGCAGGACAACGAGCAGAUAAUUGCCCAGUACCUGGCCAGCCAUGGCCCCAUCACUGUGACCAUCAACAUGAAGCCACUGAAGCAAUACCGAAAGGGUGUGUUUGAAGCCACACCUGCCACCUGUGAUCCCUGGCUUGUGGAUCACUCUGUCCUGCUGGUGGGUUUUGGCUCAAGCAAAUCAGUGAAGGGGAUGCGAGCAGGGACAGCCUCAUCCAAACCAUACUGGAUUCUGAAGAACUCCUGGGGGGCCAAGUGGGGCGAGAAGGGUUAUUUCCGGUUGCACCGAGGAAGCAAUACCUGUGGCAUCGCCAAGUACCCACUCACCGCCCGUGUGGAGCUCCCAGAUCAGAGGCACCCAGUCCACUGCCCUCCCUGAACCCUCCUGCUGUGCCAGCUGCCUCCUUGCCAGCCUCACUCCGAGGUUUGUGCCCGUUCUCCCAAUCUUCUUAAUGUGGCUUCAAUAAAACCAGAUAAAGA